UGGAGAGACAGAGUGAUUGUGGUGAAUGCUCAACGGGGAUACCCUUGCUCUUAUGAAUAUUACAACGAGCCCUUUACAUAAAGGAGAGCAUUUGAAAGCUGGACACAUUAGAAUAAACCUCAAGAUCAUUUUACUGGCAGGGCCAUGGCAUGAAUUGCCCCAGUGUCUGCAUAAAGUUGUGAUCCUGUAGGAAAAUCAGCUGUAUUUAUCAUUACAGAUAUUAAGAUGAGCACAGACGCUGUUGAGCAGACAGAAUCUCAGCAUGAACAAGCUGACAUUGAACAAAAUGGCAUCGACUUCACCAGACAAAUUAAGACCGAGAACCUGAACGAUUCACCACAUUCUGGAUCUUCACACAAGACAUGCCACUUAACUCAGGGAUCACCGCUGCCUCCUGGCCAGCUGACUGGGGAGAUGCCCUCCCUGCACCCUCUGCCGCAGCUCGUCCUGAUGCCUGGAUCUCACCUGUCUUCUCCUUCAUCAUUCCUCCUCUCACAGGCCCAGUCAGGACAUCAAGCACUCCUGCCACCCAAUCUGCUUUCCUUGCCAUCCCAGACUCAGACAGGACUUCUCCCGCACCAACCUGGUCUUGCACUCACUCCACAGGCAAUGGGCAGGUCAGGUCUCGCUGGUUCCUCUAUGGAUGGACAUCUGGACAUGUCUCACUUACAGGUGCCUAAACAUGUGGGAUCGCCACAAGAUGAGCCCAAUGACCUGGAGGAGCUGGAGCAGUUCGCUAAAGCCUUUAAACAGAGACGCAUUAAACUAGGCUUUACUCAGGGUGAUGUGGGUCUGGCCAUGGGAAAGCUGUAUGGAAAUGACUUCAGUCAGACUACCAUCUCACGCUUUGAAGCUCUCAAUCUAAGCUUCAAAAACAUGUGCAAGCUCAAGCCUUUACUGGAAAAGUGGCUAAGUGAUGCAGAGAAUUCACCGUCUGACACCAUGACCAACACCACUACUUUACCACCCCUCAUGGAGGGAUAUGGAAGGAAGAGAAAAAAGAGAACAAGCAUCGAAACGAACAUCAAGCUCACGCUUGAGAAACGCUUUCUAGAUAACCCAAAACCCAACUCUGAAGAGAUUACGCUGAUCUCAGAGCAGCUGGCCAUGGAGAAGGAGGUGGUGCGGGUUUGGUUCUGCAACCGGCGGCAGAAGGAGAAGAGGAUAUACUGCCCAGUUUCCACUUCACCCAUAAAACCUCACAACUUCAACCCUCGUCUGCCUUCAACUUCCCGCUCCUUUAGUCCACUUACUUCUGGAGGUGUCUCAUCAAGCUCCUCCCCUGGCAGCCCCAGCCGAGGCUCUUCCCCAGGCACACUGUCCACCACCUCCAGUCCGCUGACAGCACAGAGCGUCAACCAGACCUUUAACACUGCCGGAUCGUGGUAUCGCUGGAACACCGCCUCAUACCAUCACUGAGUCCCUUUGAAGUAGCACAUCCCGAAGCUGCAGCUUAAUUUCAUAUCCUACCAGAUGGAAAAAAAAGCACUCAUUCUGUAACGUUUACAACCUGCACUAAAUCUAGAGGCAGAACACAGAACUACUUCUGCUUCUCCUGGUCUAAUGUUCAAGGGCUUGUAAAAAAGAGCUUCACUGCUAAUUACUGAAGGGAAAAUGCACUAAUAUGCUACAGUACGCUGUUUAGAUAUGCAAUUUUGCUAUAAAGAACAUGUUCGGCAUUUUCAGCAGAACUUCUAAGGUGUUUGAAUCUUUAUUUUACUUUCUGAGCAAAAAUCUCUGCGCCAGUUUUGUUGGAGAUGAAGGUUCAAAUCUGGCUUAAUGCGUCUAAAACAAAACUGCACACAGCUAAAAACAAAGACCACUCAUAUUUGUAUGCAUUGUUUACAUGCUUUAUUAUUGUUUUCACUCUUGCCUUAACUGAUGUUAUGAUAAUUUGAUGGGAUAAUUGUAUGAUUUAUUGAAAAUUUAAUUAUUUUUGCUGUGCUCAUAUUGUCAAUGAAAUUGUCAACUCUGAUAUGGAUAUGUAGCGAUAUUUAGUGUAUUGGCCAACACAGUUUACAGGGAUAACUAUGUUUUUUGUAUGCACCUGCUUUUGUGUUUUAAAGUUUUUGAAAGAAUUUCUGGCAGGGAAAACCUUUUAAUAUGCCUCGUGUGGAAUAUGAGCAUCUCACACGGUUUGUGUGCAACUUCAUCCAAAGCAUUUGAAGUUCCUUGAUUUUAAGAUUUAAGCUUAUUUGUAUGGUUAAUGUUAUUAUAUAGAAGUUGUUUGUUUGGUUGUUCUUUGCUUUUUUAAAAAUUUAAAACCGCUGUAUAUUUCAGUUUUACUGACUUAUUAAAAUGUACUUUCAAUUUGUACCUUACUUGCUAUCCAACCCUAAUGCAGUACAUAUUUUCAAAUACUUGUAACAACACAAUGCCAUGUGCUUUGUUACAAUAUAAUAUAAUAUAAUAUAAUAUAAUAUAAUAUAAUAUAAUAUAAUAUAAUAUAAUAUAAUAUAAUAUAUUAUUUUUGCAUAGUAAACAUUGAGACUUUUGGGACUAUUCUUUAAAGGGGUAGUUAACCCCAACAUGUAAAUAUUGUCACUUCUUACUCACCAUUAAGUGGUUCCAAAAGCUAUUUAAAGCAGGGACUAAGCCGAAGGUAAUGGAGUGGAUUAAAUAAAGUAGUUACUUUUAAAAACUG